CCAAAGUCGCAGACGAGCAAACGUAUUGGAGUCAUUCACAUCGACUGCGUGCAGAGGAAGGUCCUGGUGCGGUGCCUCUGGAUACAGGAGCAGGAUGGGGGACGGCGCCCCGUCCCUUGCAGGGAUGCCCGAGGAGGUGCGCGAGCGGGUGGCGCCGGGGACGCUGGCCAGCGCGCUGCUGCUCGCGAUGCGGCGGGGGGAAGGGGAGCAUUUAGGCGAGAUGUGUGUCUCAGCGGCCGGCGCGGUGGGCGGGCUUGCCCUGGAGGACGGCCUGGACGAGGCCUGGCGCACGGCCUGUGCGCUCAACCUGCCGCUGAGCGAGGACAUGAAGCGAUUUGUGAUGUCCAACCUCCUCUCACUCCGCUACGGCCUCUCCCGGGCGGACCCGACGAGCGACGUCCCCCCAGCCCCGGACGCCUUGGUCCGCUGGCACGAGCUGUGGGGCCGCGUAGACUUCAUGCUGGAGUACUCGCGGCGCCUCCAGGACGAGCUGGAGCGGCUGCAGGGCCGCGAACGGGCGCCGGGCAGCGCGGACCACAGCGUGAUGCUGGCCAGGGUGUGCGCUCUGGCCCUGCACAGCGUCAAAGCGGCCUUCCUGGCGACGUACGACAAGGUGCCGUGGGAGGAGAUGGAGUACCUCCUCGUCAUGUUCAUCGAGGGGUGCACAAUUUAUCCAACCCUGGCCCACCUGGUGGCCACCGCCCCGAGCACUGCGGCCCACCUGCGGUGCUUCAGGGAGCGGCUGGAGAAGUACGUGCUGGUGCACCGCGCCGAGCCCGACCAGGAGGCGGCCAUGAGGAGGCUGAAGAAGGAGCCGCGGAAGGAGAGGGCUGCCCUCCUCGGCGCGGUGGUGGACAGCGCCCUCACAGACCUCAGAAAGGACUUCGCGCUGCUGAGGGACUGGCACUCGCUGAAGGAGAUCAACCAGACCCUGGGCGUCACUUGCGAGGCACUCCUCAGUCUGGAGGACGACGCCUGGUCGGCUUGGGGCUGGCUGGGUCUGCGCUGGGCGCUGUUCGUGGUGGGGGAGAGGGUGAAGUACUCCUGGCUGUCGCCGAACCUGUCCCCCCGCUGGGCCGUCCUCGUGGAGGCCAUGGCGCCCGGCGGCGUCCUGAAGGUAAUGUCUACCGUCCGGGACGACCAGGAGCACGGGGAGGACGGCUCCAACGCCAAGACACUGGCCUUGUCGAAGAUGAAGCAAUCAGAGCGCAAGAAGCUGGCUGAGGAGUUGGAGAAACUGAGGAACGCGGCGUUUGUAGCUUCAUGUGUCGCGGGAAGCGAGAUGGGGGACAACGCCGAAUGUGGCUGGUUUGAGACAUGUAGAGGGAACUUAGCCAAGGAUAGCAAUGCUAACUGCUCGGAAAACUUAAUUAUUGACGAAGUGAUUAAAUUGUUAAAACCUGCAAAACGUUUAGCGAAAGAGAAAUUUCAAAACAUUGUCAGCUUUUCUCUAAAACUGAAGAAUUUUUUAAAAUUAUUUCAAAAAGAAAACACAUUCCUUACAACGUUUUUACGUGUCAACAUGUUGACUUUGUCACUUCGUUUCUUUGUCCUCGUUGCUGAAUUCGCUUUAGCAUAUGUUCCGCAAAUACUACCUCGUGUCAUGCGUCUCACCGUAUCUAAAAGUACAGAGAGUACAAUAGGAUUUCAGAAUGAUCUUAAUAAAAUCACUCUGCCAACUAAAAGCAGUCACCAGCUGACCAUCAUACGCGAAGUCAUUAAAGCCAUUUCAAAUGUCACGGCUCCACUGGCUGAGUUCGCUUUCCUCGGAGCUUUAAGGGAGCUCGCGUCUCGCUGGCACGAGGACGACAUUGUUGUGCCCACGACCGUUCCCUUCUCUCCCGCCCUUUUCGGACGCCAGCUACGGAAUUACCUGAACCACCUCGAUGAGGUCUUCGCUGUGAACUCAUUUUUAUCACAAACUUCACUGACGCUUCGUCAACUUCACGCAAAAAAGGAGAAUCAAAAUACACGUAUUUCCAAAACUGCAUUUACUAGGUUCAGCUCCCCUUUCGAUCUAGAGAUGCUUCGCUUUCUUCUCUUAGGAGCCUGCUCAGUCAUACCACUGGAGCCCAACGGCGCCAGGCCGCGGCUGCGAGACCUGCGGUGGUCCCGGGCCGAGAACGAGCGGCUGCUGCGCCUCGUGGAGCUGAAGAGCGACAUGUUCCGCUGCGCGAGAGAGGGUGACCUGGGCGAGCUGCAGCGCCUGGUGGAGGAGGACGGCGCCGACGUGAGCGUCAGGGACUGCCAGGACCGCACCCUGCUGCACGCCGCGGCCCAGGGCGGCCAGGUCCACGUGGUGCGGUGGCUGCUGGGGCUGGGCGCCGAGGCCGUGGACCCGCUCGCCAAGGACUGGAGGGAACACACAGCCCUGCACGUGGCUGGGACCGCGGCCGCGGCGGAGGCGCUGCUAGUUACAGUGCAAGACCGACCCUGGCUGCCUGCCAAUGACGCUGUAGUCGAGGGCCGCGCCGAGGUGUUGAGAGUGCUGCUCGGAGACCGUCGCGUCCUGAACGCGGUACUCCAAAGAGGGCAACAUCUCCUACUUCUAGCUGCCAUUGGAGGGCGCGACCAGGUGGUGCGUCUGCUUAUCGAGGCCGGUAUGCAGUACAAGGAGGGCGGCGAGCAGACGGCUCUUUGCGCUGCUGCGCUCUGCGGCAGCGUGCCCACCGUGCGGCUGCUGCUCGGUGCCACUCCUCCACCCUCUGACGGGGACUGCUGGGAGGCCACUCAGGAGGCCGCUUUCCGUGGACACGAGCAAGUCUUCUGCCUUCUGCUAGACGAGCUUCGAGCGCGGGCGCGCAAGUGCAGGUGGCGCGUGCAGUCAUCCCCCCACCUGUCCUUAGCCGUGCUGGGGGCGGCCGCCGGAGGGAACGACGCAAUCUUGCUGAGGCUGCUGAAUCUCUGCCCUGGCGCCGUGAGCUGGAGCAUGGCUGACUCAAAUGAGUCGGUGCUCCACUUCGCUGCAGUUUUUGAUCGCGCCACGAUUACUCGUACUCUCCUAGAACGCGGAGCUGACCCUUUCCUCCAGGUUGACAAUGGUGAAACAGCACUUGACCGGGCAGCAUUCAAUAGUAGCCUGGACACCAUCGACGUCCUGGUCGAGCACAUCCGGAAGCGCGGCGGCGGCUGCGUGAGGGCGGCCCUCGGGCGGGCGCUGUGCGCGGCAGCACAGGGCGGUCAGCUUCAUGCGGUGGAAUGCCUCGUCCGCCACGGCGCGGACAUUGACGCGUUGGUCACAACAGUGACACAUAGUACAACCGACGAGGUUACACCCCUAUCCACGGCUGCUGCAAUGGGCAGCAGCAAGGUGGUGCAGUGGCUGCUGCAACAGGGGGCCGAUCCGCGCCUAGGCAAGGCCCCUGCUCUCCACGCGGCUGCCAUGUGGGGUCAUCUGGGCGUGGUCAAGCUACUCGUGCCGCCGCUGCACGCGGGGGACCAGGCCCAGGACGACCCUCCUGGCUGCGAGGAGCCGUCAGCCCUGAGCGUGGCGGUGCAGGCCGGCUCGCGGAAGGACCUGCAGCGGAUCUUCGAUCGGUUCGUGGAGCACCUCCGGCCCCUCUCCAGCAGGUACACGAGGGAGGACAGGCUCCGGGACAAGGCCGAGGCGGCGGCGGCGCUGAGAAGGAAGGAGAAGGAGGCAGACAAGCGCCUGCGCCUGCUGCAGCAGGUCGACAGUGAUGGCCGCACGGCCCUGCACGCGGCGGCAUUAGUGAGCGCGCUCCCCAUCGUGGAGUACCUGCUGGAGCGGGAGGCGGAGCUCCUGCGCCGGGUCUACUCCAAGCACAAGAACACCGGCGUGCCGCGGCUGGACGGCCUCAGCGUGUACGCGCGGGACGCUAAGGGGCUGACCGCCCUGCAGCACGGCGUUAUGAUGCCCUGCGCGCCGAGCGUAGCCGAGGCGCUGCUCGAGCGGAUGGCGGACGAGAUGUGGCUGGCCCUGGGCCACAAGGACCUGCGGGAGGUGCGCGGCAUGGCCGUGGAGGCCCUGGAGGUCGCCGCUACUCCACCAGAUGGCGGCCCCCUGAUCCGCACGCUCUGCGGGUGGGUCAGCAGUAAAGGGGAGGGCCUGCUGGGCGCGGGCGGGCUGCAGGACAUCCGGCGCAGGGCCGUGGCGGCGCUGGGCUCCGGGCAGGACGAGGAGUGGAGCCGCGUGCUCGUCGUGCUGCUGCUGCUCAGAGAAGUACCCCUGGAGCUGGUGGCUGCCUCAGAGGCGGCGCUGCCGCCCCUGCGCCGAGCCGCCGCCCUGGCGAUGUCCGCCAGCCUGCGGCACGGCGCGCGCGGAGAGAUGGCGGUGCAGCUGUUGUGCCAGUGGCUGUGCGACCUGAGCGAGGACACCGUGCACGAGGACAAGCUGCUGGGGAUGGUCAGCGAGGCGGUGAGAAUCUCCGAGGGGAGCGACCACCGACUGUUCGACCUGUACAGGAGCGUCAUGGCGGACUACUUCCUCACCCGCCGGUGAACGGCUGCGGCGCCGCGGGCCACUCUGUGUACAAAACGCACUAGUGAUUAUACUCUCUCUCAGUCAAUCACCUUUAUCUCUUGUACUGUACCUGUUCUUGUAGUUGGUUUUUGUUUUUUCAAUAAAUGAAUUUCUAUAAACUG